CCAGAGCACGUGGCGCAGGAUUGCGUCCGGACGGUGCGUGAGCAUCUCCGGAGAGGGAGACUCCACACCCUCUCUGGACAGUCUGUUCCAGCGCUUGGUCACCCGCACGAUUAUUUUCACUGCUGAAAAGGAACUGCCAUGGAGAGUACGUUAUCAGUUAUUUUCCUUGUAUCGUUUUCUAUACUGCUGUGUGAAAGUUAUCACCGAGGAGUGGAGACAGCUACUGUUGUGCAUACAUCCGAGAGAGCUUUUCCAGAAAAGACAGUGGGUGUUAAUACUGACUUGGCAGGACUAAUACAGAAGUUGCACCUUCAAGAACUUUUUAAUCGUUAUGGAGAAAACAACUCUCUGUCAAUUGAUGGGUUUAGAAAACUGCUACAGAACAUAGGCAUAGAUAAGAUGAAAAGGAUUAAAAUAAGCCACAACCACGAUCACGACCAUGACCACGAUCAUGACCAUGACCACAAUCACGACCAUGACCACAAUCAUGACCAUCACGACCAUGACCAUGAUCAUCACUCUCAUCAUAAUCAUGUUUCAUUGAGUAAAAGCUCCGAGAAGACUGCUUGUCCAAGCCAUGAAUCCGAUGCUAGCAAAGACCGCAGGAGCAGCCACGCGAAGGAGCCUCACAGAGCCGAGAGCGUGGAACGGCAGCAGAACUUUGUGCGCGGCAAGAACGCGGUUCACGAGAUCACGGCGUCCGUCGUCGCCGCUUCCGCAGGCGGCCACGCCGAGCUCCAGAACGUGCAGCCUGGGGAAGUCAAGACGGUUGUUCGCGUGGGAGCGGCCGGCCCUGGUGCUGUUAAUGCCACAGGGGCCCACAAUGCCACCUGGCUUGGUGCCACAAAGGCAAACGAAUCUCGUGCUUCUCCGAAGGAGUUGGAGAGAGGGAGCUACCUCUAUUCGAAACUGGAAAAGCAAAACAUUCAAGAGUGCUCCAAUGCAUCCAAACUGAUGCAGUCGCAUGGAAUAGGCACUCAAGUAUUGUUGUCUGCUACAGAAUUUAGUUAUCUCUGCCCAGCUCUUAUUAAUCAGAUCGAUGGCAAGUACUGCAUAGUCCAUGCUACUAGUGAAAAAGCUGAAACUCCUCCAAAAAGUUACUCUCUGCAAAUAGCUUGGAUUGGAGGUUUUAUAUCCAUCUCUGUCAUCAGCUUUCUUUCCUUGCUGGGUGUUAUAUUGGUACCACUGAUGAAUAGAGUAUUUUUCAAAUUUCUUCUGAGUUUUCUCGUGGCAUUGGCUGUGGGGACCUUGAGUGGAGAUGCCUUCUUACACCUCCUUCCACAUUCUCAUGGAAACCAUCACCAUCACCAUGAAAAGCCUCUGCUUGAUCAAAAAGGCUCUAUGUACAGACAUCUUGUUUUUCAAAGCACAGAGGAGAGUGCUUACCUGGAUUCUACAUGGAAAGGACUUACAGCGCUUGGAGGCUUGUACUUCAUGUUUCUAGUGGAGCAUUUGAUCACUUUAAUAAAGCAAUUUAAAGACAAGAAGAAAAAGAAAAAAAAUGAAGAUGAUGGAGAAAGUAAGAAGUUCUCAGCAAAUGACGAAAAGUUGGAUACGGAUGAUCGACCUGAGGGCUAUCUAGGGGCAGACUCUCAAGAUCCAUCAACCUUCAUGUCUCAGCAGCCAACUGUACAAGAGGAAGAGGAAGUGAUGAUAGCUCAUUCUCAUCAAGAGGAGGUUGACAAUGAAUAUGUGUCCAGAGGCUGCAGAAACAAAUGCCAUUCCCAUUUGCAUGAUACUCUAGGCCAGACAGAUCGUCUAAGUCACCAUCACCAUGACUACCAUCACAUUCUGCACCACCAUCAUCAUCAGAACCAUCAUCCCCACAGUCACAGUCAGCGCUACUCGCGCGAAGAGCUGAAGGAUGCAGGGAUAGCAACUCUGGCGUGGAUGGUGAUCAUGGGAGACGGACUGCACAACUUCAGUGAUGGACUGGCAAUAGGAGCUGCCUUUACUGAAGGGUUGUCUAGUGGUUUAAGCACUUCUGUGGCUGUAUUUUGCCAUGAAUUACCUCAUGAGCUAGGAGAUUUUGCUGUCCUUCUAAAAGCUGGUAUGACUGUCAAGCAAGCUGUGCUUUACAACGCUCUGUCAGCUAUGCUGGCCUAUCUGGGUAUGGCGACUGGGAUCCUUAUUGGCCAUUACGCAGACAAUGUUUCAAUGUGGAUAUUUGCACUUACUGCUGGCUUGUUCAUGUAUGUGGCUCUUGUGGAUAUGGUACCUGAAAUGCUCCACAAUGACGCCAGUGACCAUGGAUGUAGCCGCUGGGGAUACUUCCUGUUACAGAAUGCUGGGAUUCUCCUGGGUUUUGGGAUAAUGCUGCUUAUCUCAGUAUUUGAACAUAAGAUUGUAUUCAGCAUAAACCUGUAAUCCUGGUUGCCAGGAAGACACCUUGGUGUUAAAUUAUAAGUGGUAGGCUUUUUUUUUUCUACGAAUUUCCUUAUUGGAAAGGUACAUUUGAUAUAGACUAGAUAUUUUUAUUGGUGUGCUUUGUUGUUGUGUACUUCCCUCACUUCUUGCCUGAUAGAAAGGAACACUGUAAACAUUGGGGUUUGUUGGGAUUUUGUUUGUUUUUAAUUGUAUUUUUUUACUUGGGAUUUAGCAUUGCUUAUGGUACUGUGGAAAGUGGUACUUAGUAAAACGUGGCCAAAUCUAUAUUAUUUGUAUUGUCUGUAUUGUUUGGGUGGGUUAGGUUGUUUUUUUACUGAAUUUAUUUACCGUAUGUAAUUAUAUGUAAUGUUUUUUACUUCAGUGGUUUUGUUGGUUUAAAGAGGUAAAACAACGGUGGUUUUUAUUUUAGCACAAUUAAAAUCAGUGGAUACAAAGCACAGUGAGCAAAGUAUAGCGAGCAACACAUGUAAUGGUUUACAUGUGUUUAUUGGUGAAAACUCCUCUCUCCUGCAUCCACCUGAUUUAUACAGAAAGGCAGGUAAGUCCAUUCCAUCCUUUGUAGUAGUGCUGGUUCUCUCAGCAGCUUGUGGAUUCCUAUGUCUUAUUCCAGUUGGUUUCUACUCCAAACAAAUUAAUGUAAAACCACAUUCUAAGUGUUUACAUCAAAUGUUUAACUUGUUUCAUCCCUUCUGAUAUGAGUUUCUCUUCACUGAUUUCUCAAAUCAGCAGCAAAAGUCCAGCUCUUAAAGCUUUAAGAUAUGUGAAUUCCAUCAAAAAGACUUUUAAAGCAGUGCUGUAUCGCACUGCACUGCCUGAAGUGACAAAGGUGUAUUAAAGCCUGUUUGAUAUCAAGGGGGAGGAGUGCUACAGGCUGAGAUAAACAGUAAUUUCCUACAACAGCUUCCUGAACUAAAGUGUUGGUGUACUUUGAGAAAAUGAGCUGAGUGGGAGAGCUGCCUACUUCUAGUUCGGUGUGAUUGCACACAAACCUGGGCUAUAUUUUUUGCAAGAACUGAAGCUGAGAAAUCCAAAAGAAUGAAAUUUCUUUGGUAGCAUAUCUAGAGAAGCAGUUAAGGAUAAUAAGUGUAUACUUAAAUAUGUAGUUUAAGCCUACAGUCUUAGUAUGUUUAACUACCCUGAAUGUCACUGAAGAAAGAAGGUUGAAAAAACCAAUAGCAAAAUAAAUUCUGCAUUUGUCGGGAAGGUGAACAUGUCAAAGUUGUUUAAUGAUGAAUAAAUAACAGAAUUAUGCCAUCUUACUAGCUUUAAAAAUCCCAGAAAUAAAGCAAUUAGAACCUAUUUCUGAUCCAUUGCUUCAAAUCAUCAGCUGAAUAAAAAACUUGAACAACAAGAGAAAUGUUUGAUAAUACCAUGUCUGACAGGUUAAAACAGUUUGUUGGAAGCCAGGAACCAUCCUAUCACCUCAGAAACAGAUGUUUUCAGUUAAUUGAGAAGUUUGAGGGUUUUUUAGAAGUUGAGAAAUAGGUGCCACAGGAGUUUUUGCAGUUAGUGGACUAUUAGCUCCUCCUCCUUCAGCCUUUCCUCAGGUUAGCAAGAUUGGUACUUACUUUUCUGCUCACAGUGAUGAAAUCUUGUUCUGCACCUCCUUUGAAGCCAGGGGUUGAGAAAGGUGUAUAUCCUUCAUCUCCCCUAAUGCAAACCUGGGCUUCCCCCUUCUGCACCACAAUCCUGGCUGCUACAGAAAUUGGGUAUCUCUGGAGUCCUGGGGGAUUUCUUACUUGGAUGAGCUCAGUUUGCUUUGCAUUUUUCACUGCUGGUUUCUGUUAGCCUAGAGCCAUAAUAGCUGCCAGUUCAGCUGGAAUUCCCUUGUCUGGAUAUGACACAGGAAGUGGGCAGGUAGCCUACUGUUGCUCAAGAGAUUUUAAGAUUAAUGACUAAAUGAUGGAGACAAAUCUACAAAUUUCAGUGUUUCCAGUGGGUUCUUGGCUGGCUGAGUCAGUACUCAACUGACUUUAAAAUAUCCACAUAUCAAAACACAUUGCUAAUUUAAGAAAAAGAAAAAUUAAUUGCCUUUAGAGCAUGUGGGCAGAAAUGUCUGUCCUGUACACAAGUGUAUUCCACCCAUUCAGUGCUCUUCAAUCACUGAUGGAGAAAUGUCCAUGACAGGCAGCUGUCCAAACGGAUAACUGAGAAGGCUACAGACGAAAGCUUGUUGUAGUUUUGUAUCAGCAGGAUGACAAAAGGUUGGUUAUUCUUUUAGUUGGUUUUGGUUUGUUUGCUUUGUUGUUGUUUCCCUUUGUCAUCCUUAUAAAGUAGAACCUGCAUCUGUUGCAAUGUACUCGCGUUGGAAAUACCCAUGGUUUGGCAAACUGGUGGGACAGAGCCUGGAAGUAGCCCUUUAUUUUUAUGCAUAUAUUUUUCUGCAGCAGUUUUUAAUGUGCCUGGCUACUCUCAAGUGUCUGCUUUGUGUAUCUGUCUCUAGCUUAAUAAUGGUACAGACCUUGAUUUUCAUGCUGUUACAGCUGCCUUUAGAUGCUGUGCUAGAUGCUGGUAAACAGAAUAGGCAAACAAUGCUGCAAUCAAUUUUGAUUUGGGUAUUUUCUGUAACAUAUUCUUCUAAUGGUUUUGGCCUGUAUUUUUACGGAAGACGUGGGCAGCAGGAGUCAGAGCAAAGGGGGGUGGAGGUUCUCAAGUUCUCCCAUGCCUGGUCUGUGGGGAUUAGGUGCUGGUACGGUUUCUCUGCAUCCUUUGUGCCUAAAUGUGAUGCCACGUGUGUUGUGGGAAUGCAACUCUUUUAUGUUUGUAUAAAACACAACCGAGGCUGAAACGGAAUUCAAAGGCUGAAAUGGAAUUCACAGAGGCUCUCCUGCUGUCUGAACUGAGAUGCCAGUGCAGUUGAAACCUCUGCGGAAAAACUGGGUCGUUCUGCUUUCCCCGUGCGGGAAACAAAAAAAAUGUGCUAAUGGAAUGUGUUGCGGGUGGUGGGUUUUUUUUUUUUCCCUCCUUUUUUUUUUUUUAAAAUUUUUUAUUUAAAGUAUUUUUUGGUGCGUGUAUAUAUGGUCACUGUAGCUGUUACUGUAUGGGUGUGUGCUAGAGAAAAUAAACCACUGAACCAAA